AUGCGCUGUACCGCUCUCUCGGCCGCCCUCUUCGCGGCGGGGUCCCUCGCGGCCAACUGCAACGGCCGCGCCGAGCUGUGCGACCGGAAAUACAGCGAGGUCUCCUUCAUCGGGUCCCACAACGCGCCCUUCGUCGGCUUCGGCCCGGCAGACAACCAGUUCGUCUCGGUGACGGAGCAGCUGGACCUGGGCGUGCGCUUCCUGACGGGGCAGACGCAGGAGAAGAGGGGGAACCCGCAGAUGUGCCACACCUCGUGCUUCCUCGAGGACGCCGGCCCGCUCAAGGACUACCUCGGCGAGGUGAAGAGCUGGAUCGACGGGCACGAAAACGAGGUGGUCACGCUGCUCAUCACCAACGGCGACGCCAUCGACAUCAACAAGUUCGCCGACGCCUUCAAGUCGAGCGGCCUCGACCGCUACGUCUUCACGCCCGACCGCAAGCUCGGCCUCAAGGACUGGCCCACGCUUGGCGAGCUGAUCUCGAGCGGCAAGCGCGUCAUCGUCUUCAUGGACUACAACAUGGACACGUCCAAGGUGCCGUACAUCCUGGACGAGUUCGCGUACUACUUCGAGACGCCGUUCAGCCCGACCGAGGACAACUUCGUGCAGUGCGACAUCGACCGGCCGGGCCAGGUGUCGGCGGACGACCGCAUGUUCCUGGCGAACCACAACCUCAACAUCGAGAUCUUCAAGGGCCUGCUGAUCCCCGACCCGCUGCACGCCCGCGACACGAACUCGAUCGAGUCCAUCUCGGAGCAGACCGAGAUCUGCAAGAAGAACUACGGCCGCAACCCCAACGUGGUGCUGCUCGACUUUGUCAACGUCGGAGACACGAUCAAGACCCAGGACCACCUCAACGGCUUCUAG